AUGGAGGCUGACGCAGAGAAGCACAAUGGCUCGGCUGCGCAGUCAAACGCUCGACUUGACGUCGAGCAGGUCGACGGCGAGUCGCCGCCACCAGUGACGCUUGAACAAUUUUCGCACCCGAAUGAAAAGGCCAUUCUGCGCAAGAUGGAUAUGCGCCUCAUCCCCAUGCUGGCCCUCCUCUAUCUGCUCUCAUUCCUCGACCGCGGCAACAUCGGCAACGCCAAGAUCGAAGGUCUGCAGGAAAACCUCUGCCUGACCGACGAUCAGUACAACUGGUGCCUGACCGCCUUCUUCUUCACCCACGCCGCCUUCGAGGUGCCCAGCAACCUGAUGCUGAAGCGAGUGCGCCCUUCCGUCUGGCUGCCCGCCAUCAUGGUGGCGUGGGGCGUCGUCAUGACGCUCAUGGGCAUCGUGAGGGACUUUGCUGGCCUCCUGUGCACGCGCAUCGUCCUGGGCGUGGCCGAGGCCGGCUUGUUCCCCGGCGUGGCAUACUAUCUGACGAAUUGGUACAGGCGCGAGGAGAUCCAGCUGCGGCAGGCCAUGUUCUUCAGCGCGGCCAGUGUUGCGGGAGCGUUCAGCGGACUGCUGGCGUUCGCGAUUGGGAAGAUGGACGGCGUGGGAGGGCUGCAUGGGUGGCAGUGGAUCUUCAUCCUCGAGGGAAUCGCUACGGUUGCCGUCGCCACGAUCGCCUUCUUCGCGUUGUAUGACUUCCCGGAGACGGCCGGGUUCUUGACCGAGGAGGAGCGGGCGUUUGUCAUCUACCGGCUCAAAUAUCAGGGCCAGACCCAGGACCCGGGUCGUGCUCAAGUCGCCCAGACAGACGAGUUCAAGUGGAAAUAUGUUGUCGACGCCUUUCUCGACUGGCAGAUCUGGGUCAAUAUUUUCGUCUACUGGGGUGUGGUGUGCCCUUUGUAUGGCAUCUCGCUGUUUCUGCCGACCAUCAUCCACCAGCUUGGCUACCAAAGCAGCCAAGCCCAGCUCAUGACGGUUCCCAUCUACAUCACGGCUGCGAUACUUGCUGUCGUGGUAGCAUAUUGCUCGGACAGGUUGGGGAAACGCAGCCCUUUCAUCCUCGGCUUCAUGCUGAUGAUGCUUGUCGGGUUUGCAAUAUGCAUUACCACCGACCCCAAGGAGAACCCGCGCGUUGUCUAUGGCGGAGUCUUUGUUGCCGCCUGCGCCAUCUUCCCCGCCUUCCCGGGCGUUAUUGCUUGGCUCGCGAACAACCUGGCUGGGUCGUUGAAGCGAUCGGUCGGCAUGGCGCUGCAGAUUGGCGUAGGGAAUCUGGGGGGCGCCAUGGCAUCCAACUUCUACCGUGCGCGCGACGCCCCCGGGUACCGCCUCGGACACGGUCUCGAGCUCGGCUUCAUUGUUGCCGGCAUUAUCGCUUCGCUGACUCUACUGGUUGGCUACCACGCCGAGAACAAGAAGCGGGCACGUAAGAUUGAAAACGGUGCACUGGAUACGUGCACCCCCGCGGAGCUCGAGGACCAAGGUGACAGGGCUAUUACAUUCCGCUAUGUCUAUUAG